AUGGGACAGUGGGGAGUAGGCAGUGAGUUGCAACUUGACAGAAGAGUUAACUCUAUGGGGUAUAUGACCGUUAUACCCAAUGAUCCCUACUGUUUUGUGGAAUUUUAUGAACACAGAGAUGCUGCUGCUGCUCUUGCAGCAAUGAAUGGUAGAAAAAUAUUAGGAAAGGAGGUCAAAGUAAACUGGGCGACAACACCUAGUAGUCAGAAGAAGGACACAUCAAAUCAUUUCCAUGUGUUUGUGGGAGAUUUGAGUCCAGAGAUCACAACAGAAGACAUAAAGUGUGCUUUUGCUCCUUUUGGUAAAAUAUCAGAUGCUCGUGUUGUUAAGGAUAUGACAACAGGAAAAUCGAAGGGCUAUGGCUUUGUAUCAUUUUUCAGUAAACUGGUAAGUUAACACAGU